GCUCAGUCCUACCUGUUCCUCGAUCCAGUGGUGUUCUAACUGUCUUCUCUACCAUGCGCCGGCAUCUUUAGCAUAGGCACCCACCUGUGACAGCUUGCGGCUGCACAUCUCUGGUGAUCUCCUGUACUAUGUCCACAGUCUCUGGUCAUCUCCUGUACUGUGUCCCCAGUCUCUGGUUAUCUCCUGUAGUAUGUCCGCAGUCUCUGGUCAUCUCCUGUAGUAUGUCCGCAGUCUCUGGUCAUCUCCUGUACUAUGUUCCCAGUCUCUGGCCAUCUCCUGUACUAUGUUCCCAGUCUCUGGUCAUCUCCUGUAGUUUGUCUGCAGUCUCUGGUCAUCUCCUGUACUAUGUCUGCAGUCUCUGGUCAUCUCCUGUACUAUGUCUGCAGUUUCUGGUCAUCUCCUGUAGUAUGUCUACAGUCUCUGGUCAUCUCUUGUACUAUGUCUGCAGUCUCUGGUCAUUUCCUGUACUAUGUCCGCAGUCUCUGGUUAUCUCCUGUACUAUGUCUGCAGUCUCUGGUCAUCUCCUUUUCUAUGUCCCCAGUCUCUGGUCAUCUCCU